AUGACAAUCCUGAUGAACAACUGGUGUCCAAUGUGUGAAGAGGCGUGUCAUGAUCACUCCUCGAUUUGUACUGUUUGCGGGACAUCCUUGGAAGCACCACCGUCGAGAUCCACCACGGCAGCGCCAUUGUCUGCAACAAAUAAUAACGACGGCGAGACCUUUCGACUAAUCCCAGAAUUCAUGACGCAAGAUCUGAGACAAGCCGGUCGAGAACUAAGGGAUGUCUUGUCUCUCAGUCGAUCUCUUGCCAACAAUGAUGGAACUGGAACGACGAAUAUCAACGAUGACGGGGAAUGGCAAGCGAUUCCUGCGGAACUACUAAAUCCCCAACCAACGUCAUCACAAGUUCAGCCUACCUCCAAAGCUUACCUUGACCGAAUGCCACGAUUUUUAUUAGAAACCAACAGCUCGAUAUUCCGUCAAGCAACCAUGCAGCUGACAAUCGAUGGAGGGGGAGCUGACAACAGCAGCGGCACAAGUCAGAAGAUUUCUAUAUCCUUGGUCCCAGGAGAAUUUGGACCUUCCGAAAACUGUUCUUUUUCAGACUGUCCCAUGAUUGUGGCAUCGCCUCGCACUGGAAAGGGAGGCAAGCUUUCCGAAAGUACAAAGCAGAGUAUGAUUCAGCAAGAGAAAACACUUGGCAAUCAGUGUAUAGUCUAUUUGGAACGUGGUGAUGGGGUAUCCUUUGUCCAAAAAGCCAUGUUGGCACAAGACUGCGGUGCAGUAGCGGUUGUCAUUGGAAAUUCUCUGACGGAACCUUGGCCAUAUGUAAUGCAAGAUUCCAAUAAGGAUGGAGAGCGAUUGGGACUAACCAUUCCCGUGGCCAUGGCCAAAAAAGAAGACGGCAAACAUAUUGUGGAUCUAUGUGCCAAAAAUGAGGCUUCCGUCACUGCCAAGUUUGAAUUUCAGCAAUUGUCGCGGGAUUGUGCCAUUUGCACAGAAUCACUGAAAAUCUCUGAGAAGAUCUUGCAACUGCCAGCGUGUGGCCACAUAUUUCACGAAGCCUGCGCUAUGAAAUGGUUGACCAAGCACCACAACUGUCCUUAUUGCCGAACCCUUUUGCCAACAGAUGAUAGAGAUGGCAAUACUGUCAUGCCAAAUCGUGGAGACAGUAGUCUGGAAUGGGGGCAGUAUUACGCGUAA